ACUCCUUAGAGAGAGAGAGAGAGAGAUCAGAAAAGAAGAGAAUAUUGUGUGUGUGGCUGUGUACUGUUCAUAUAAAGAGGAAAGAUGAUGAAGAAGGCGUGUGUCAUUGGUGGGUCUGGUUUUGUAGCCUCCGUUCUCAUCAAGCACUUGCUUCUCAAGGGUUAUUCCGUCAAUACCACUGUUAGAGAUCCAGGUAACCCUAAAAAGAUAUCCCACCUUGUGGCACUUCAAAAUCUGGGAGAGCUGAAAAUAUUUGGAGCAGAUUUAACUGAAGAGGACAAGUUUGAUGCCCCUAUAGCAGACUGUGAUCUAGUCUUCCAUGUUGCUACACCCGUCAACUUCGCUUCCCAAGAUCCCGAGAAUGACAUGAUAAAGCCAGCAAUCCAAGGAGUUUUGAAUGUAUUGAAGGCAUGUGCAAGAGCAAAAUCAGUGAAAAGAGUGAUACUGACAUCUUCAGCUGCUGCUGUGACUAUAAACACACUCAAUGGGACUGGUUUGGUCAUGGAUGAAAGCAACUGGACUGACACUGAGUUCUUGACCACUGCAAAACCUCCUACUUGGGGAUAUCCUGUGUCCAAAACAUUAGCUGAGAAAGCUGCAUGGAAAUUUGCUGAAGAAAACAACAUAGAUCUCAUCACUGUGAUACCAAGUCUCAUGGCUGGUCCUUCUCUCACCCCAGAUAUCCCAAGCAGUGCCGAUCUAGCCAUGUCCCUCAUUACAGGAAAUGAGUUUCUGAUAAAUGGAUUGAAAGGAAUGCAAAAGCUGUCAGGUUCAAUAAACAUAACUCAUGUGGAAGAUGUUUGCAGAGCACAGAUAUUUUUAGCUGAGAGAGAAUCAGCUUCUGGCAGAUACAAUUGCUGUGUUCAUAACACAAGUGUUCCUGAGCUUGCCAAGUUCCUUAGCAAGCGAUAUCCUCAGUACAAUGUUCCAACUGAAUUUGCUGAUUGCCCCUCCAAGCCCAAGUUAGUGUUCUCUUCAGAGAAGCUCAUCAAAGAAGGGUUUGAAUUCAAGUUUGGGAUCGAAGAAAUCUAUGAUCAGACUGUGGAAUACUUCAAGACUAAGGGAGUUCUCAAGAAUUGAACUUUGAUAUGUUUGAAGUUAAUGUUGCAGACUCUGAGCUUGUGUAAUAACUAUCUGAUUUGUGAAGCUUAAUGUGAUAUAUUAAGCACUGGGCUACAAAUUAGAAAGGAGAGGUCUAUAUGGGAAUAUGCUAUAUAAAAGUAUUCCUAAACUUUUAUUUUAUUCCAAAAUGAAACUGAAUCAAAAUUA